AUGUCAUGGCGAGAAGUCGCUCGCGAGAAAGGGAGGGAGGACCUGUCCCCUCCGAGCAGCCUCAAUGGCUACAACAUGGAUGGAUGCGAUUCCAAGAAGAAGAAAGGACCCGCACCCCGCCAGCAGGAAGAGCUCUGCCUUGUGUGUGGGGACCGAGCCUCCGGUUACCAUUACAACGCCCUCACCUGUGAAGGAUGCAAAGGUUUCUUCCGAAGAAGCAUCACAAAAAAUGCUGUUUAUCAGUGCAAAUAUGGUAACAAUUGUGAAAUAGAUAUGUAUAUGAGGAGGAAGUGCCAAGAGUGUAGGCUGAAGAAAUGUUUACAUGUUGGCAUGAGGCCAGAAUGUGUUGUACCUGAAUACCAGUGCGCAGUGAAGAGAAAAGAGAAGAAAGCUCAAAAGGAUAAGGACAAACCCAAUUCAACCACCAAUGGCUCUCCAGAGGUUGUCAUGGUAAAAGAUCCUGAUUGCAAGGAGGUAGAGAAACUUCCUGCACCAAAUGGCGUGAAACCAGUUAGUCCCGAGCAAGAAGAGCUUAUCCACAGGCUAGUGUACUUCCAAAACGAAUACGAGCAACCUUCUGAGGAAGACCUCAAAAGGAUCACUAACACUCCUUCUGAUGGUGAAGAUCAGAGUGAUCUCAGGUUUAGACACAUAACAGAGAUUACAAUACUUACAGUCCAACUAAUUGUGGAGUUUGCUAAGAGAUUACCAGGAUUUGACAAACUCCUUCGUGAAGAUCAAAUUGCCUUAUUGAAGGCAUGUUCGAGUGAAGUCAUGAUGUUCCGCAUGGCUCGAAGGUAUGAUGUGAAUUCAGAUUCUAUUCUCUUUGCCAACAACCAGCCAUACACAAAAGAUAGCUAUAGUAUUGCUGGAAUGGGAGACACUAUUGAGGAUAUGUUGAGAUUUUGCCGUCAGAUGUAUGCUAUGAAAGUCGACAAUGCUGAAUAUGCUCUACUGACAGCAAUUGUCAUAUUUUCAGAGAGGCCAUCACUUAUUGAAGGCUGGAAAGUGGAGAAGAUUCAAGAAAUCUACCUGGAAGCCUUAAAAGCAUAUGUGGACAAUAGGCGCAAGCCCAGGUCAGGCACUAUAUUUGCCAAACUUCUGUCUGUGCUUACAGAAUUAAGGACACUUGGGAACCAAAAUUCUGAAAUGUGCUUCUCCCUUAAAUUGAAAAACAAGAAACUGCCUCCUUUCCUAGCAGAAAUUUGGGAUGUCAUACCCUGAACAGAUUACCCAUUAAGUAAUUUGCCAGAGCACUGUUUCAAGUACAUUCGUCCCUGUGUGUAUGUGCAAUGAAGUGUAAAUUGAAUGGAAGAGUGCAUUUUGAAAGAACGUGCUCAAACCAACUGUGAGGCAGAAUUGUGGUGCAUUGAGUGUAAUGUCACUCAAAAAUAUUACUGAAUUUAGUUUCUGUAAGGCUACAGUGUGCGCUAACAGUACUCGCCCAAACUGCAACGUUAAUAAGAAUGUAGCUGGCAGGGAUGAAAAGUACUAUCUGGUUAUUAUUCUAGUGCAAGCAAAUGCUUUUGUAAUUUUUGUUGUACAAAACCAGCAAUGCUGUACAAAGUAAUCUUGCUUCUUUUCAAGAAUAAAUAUGUGAAUGUAUGCCAAAUGGCAGCCAGAGAAUUACACAAAUGAAUAUUUGUUUGUGUUUCUGUGUAGGCGUUGGCCUCGUUAUUUCGUUACUUUUUAUUAUUCCUUGAAAACAGAGGUCUUCAUUCAAGUCAAGGAAUUAUUUUUUUAUGUUCACUUCCUGUGUAACUUAGCAACGUGUGAUAAUGCAAUUUUAUCAUGAAUAUUUUAUCCUAGAAUUCUAAAUUUACCACCUCAGUAACACAAAUAAACCGAUCAAUCAAUCAAUCAACAUGCAUGUCUUUAUUAACUUCAUAUAGAUCAGAAAUUAGUGAUGCUGAUAUAAAGUGUACAAAACAAAGCACCGUGUUUUGCAUUGCAGUAGAAGACUGACUGGGGUCCUUUCUGGAGACAGAUGGUACCAUUCCCCGUGGUGUAGCUAUAUUUUUAUUAAUUAAAAUUGUACUUUGUCAGUGUACUAUUCUCCUAAACACCACAUUAGAACACUUUUGUCUUUCACCUGAUAUACAUUGAGUUGGUAAAUAAUUUCAAUUCUUUGAUUCAACUGUUACCAUGUUUCUGUUUGGCCAGUUUAUUUACUUUGGUGACUAUUAAUUUCAAUCGGUAGUUUUUUAUCUUAAUGCAAGUAGUUUUUUGAAGCCAUUAUUUUGACUAUACAGUCAAUGCCAGUACUAAUUUAGACCUCUAAAGCAGAUCAAAAAAAUAAUAUAGGUUUUAAGACAAAAGUAACGUGUGGUUAAUCAUAUUGCAAACAUUCAAGUUUACCCAAGAAAUGUUGUUUAAUUAUGAGAAAUUAAUUGACACUUUACUGUAACUCUUUAAGUUUCACUACAGAUACAUAAAUAUUGAAACGUUCUAGCUUUAUUUGGCCAAGUAAUAGAAUAAAAACUAUUUCUUUGAGAAUGAGAUAAUAGUACAUUGUGAAUGACUGACUAAUAUGUAUGGUUAUAAAAGUUCAUGCUGCCUCCUAGCAAUAUGACUUGUGGUAAAUUGUAAUGUUUUAAAAUAUGCAAGUGUAUCCCCCCUUUCUAUGUAUUAGAGUUUGGACAAACAAGUGGUCCACGAGUAGCAUCUGUUUCGCUGUUCCUAUUGUACCAAUGAUAUGGAUACUUCAGUGGUUGUGAUAGUGCUUGAUAUAUUGAUUGAUUUUUUUUUUUUUUUUUUUUUUAAUUUUUUAAAAAUGCAGGUGGCUAGUGUUCAAUAGAAGAUAGGUUUUCUUCAAAUUGAGAUUGUUAUAAUUUUCUUCCUCAGAAUUGGACCUAUUCCACCAAAAUAAGCAGGCUGUGAAAUAAAAUAAGGUUCAUGUUGAGUUAUUGGUCAACUUAAACAGAAGUGCAAAAAUGAUCAGCGAUAAUGGUACAAGAAGCAAGAAAGAUUGAUUGCUUUAUUUAAAGAAAGAAUUAAAGAAUAUUAUAUUAUAUACAAAUGUCUAUAUAUUAAUGUCUGUAUUGAUUGUCAAAUACUUGUGAAUGAGAAUGAAGAGUGACAAUGGUUAAAAGAAAGAUAAGUGUUAAUUGUUGUAUUUAGAGCAUUAUUUAUACAGUAAUCAUAGAGUAAAACCACUUGUUCCGUGAAAUGAAAAGACUGGAUCUUGCAGACUGGUGCCUUUUUUAAGUUUGGAUAUGCUGGGAAGGGGGGAAUAAAACUGUAAAUGGUGCAUUGUGAGAAAUUGUGAAGAUGAUGUAUGUUAUUAAAGGUGCUGCCUUUUCAGGCAUACAAACUGUAAGAGAAUUAUGUGCUCUGUACAUUAUGUAACUAUUCUCUGAAGAUGUGUGACGUUAUAUGCAGUGAUAUAUAAAUAUAUAUAAAUGUCUGUACAGUAAGAGGAAAAUACCCGUCCGUUUCUAAAGCAUAAAGGUAUAUAUUAGUUUGUUUCAGAUACAUUUAAAAUGAACUUUCAGUUAAGAUGACAAGUUCAGUUAUUUAUUUGGUAUGUGACCAAAUGAGUAUUUUGUCAAUUAAAGUGACAGUGCAAAAAAUGGAUUCAUCACAAUUUGUUUGGAAAAGUGUGACUUUGUGAAGUGAAUAUCUAUUGGUUUAGUUUACUGCCUUAUGUGGAACAAGGGACACUUGUCAAGUGCGUUGUAUUGACCCUUUGUGGUCUCAACAAAUCAUAUAUGAAACUCCCUUCAAGAUAUUCAAGAUCUUGUAGAAGUGAGAAGCUACAUGGACUAUUCCUUUUUUAAAUAAAUAUUAAUUAGAGAAAUAAGGAAACAUUUUUCAUGAUAUUCUCAUGCCAUUUACCAAGACCUAUAACUUUUUGUAAUUAUUCAUAUUAUAAUCCUUCAGAGAGGAAUUUUAUAUUCCUUUCAGAAAAGGCUGACUGAAUAACAGACUACUGUCAACACUACUGAAGAAAAGUGAAAGAUGACAUUGAUUUUUUUUUCUUCCUUCUUUUAAAUUGUCAAUGUAAGGACUGAAAAAGGCAUUAUAAGUCUUUCAAUGAAACAUUACAAGCUUUGUGCUGUUAUUUUUCAUCCUCCCAGUUUGUAGCACUGUGCAGAGAGAAAUCUGUUCCAGAAAUGGAAUAUAGAAAAAUGAGAUGGCAAACUUUUUAUAUGAAUAUAAGUAUAUAUACAACAGUUUUUACAUGCUAUAUUAACUAUCCUGCCUAUACACGAGUCAUUCAUGUUGAACAGCAUCCCAGUCAGAAUAAACGAUGCAACAUAACGAGGAUCCUUGUCCUUCACGAACCCCUCUGAUUAAAUGCCCUCUUUAUUUAACCUUUGAAAAUUCCUAUAAAAGCUAUUAACCCAUGUGAUCUCUCAAGUUUUGCGUUAGGUUCGUUAUUACGCAUUCAUAUAUACAUUUGUAAAGAAAUUUUGAAGAUGCUUGUCCAUUACUACAUUUUUUAAUUCCUUUAUAUAUUAUGCCAAUAUGCACUUUUUAAGUCCAUGUGUAGUUUAGUUGCAGCAUAGUACAGUGAUGUUGCGCCAAGUAUUGCCUUAUAAAACAAUUGAUAAAAGUAAAUUUCGGAAGAUAAAACUGUGUUCCAGCAGUUUUCAGCAAGUUUGUGCUAACUGAUUAUUUUAUUAAAAUCAAUGUAUUAUAGUUGCUGAGAAAUUUCGAAUCUUCCCGUUUGUAUUAGUUCUAAACUUCAUCUACUUUGACUUGUUUGUUACGAUUUCCUGACAUCAGAAAGAUAAGGCUCAACAUCAAAUAUCACUGCCCUUUUAUGACUUUUUAAAAUGCCUUGCAUUUAGAGCUACAACAAAAAAGUGCUAUUCUUUAGUUUUGUGUCCUCAAUUUGAAUUUUGGAAGCAAAUACUAUUUGUUCUCACUGCCAUUUCACUGUCCACUGAAUACGUUUUUAAAGAACCUUUUAUUCAUAUUUCCCUGUCCAUAUGCAUGCAGUUUUAAUACAAGAACUUGUGACGUGUUCAGUUUUUAUAACAUAUAUAGUAUAUUAUAGAAAAAGAAAUAGCACAUGAUUGAUAACUGUUAAAAGGAAUUUGUUGUACUUCUGUAUUGUCUAUACUUUACCAUUUCAGAUACAUAAUACAUGUAAGGUAAAUUUCAUUUUAUGAUGAAUAAGUCAGGAAGAAAUAUUGACGAAGGAAUGAAUGUUUUGCAGUUUAUUAAAAUUUGUACAGGUGUUAGGGUAUAUGAAUUAUAUUUCUGUCAGUAUGCAAAGACUUUCUGUUAAAUGCACAACUAAUGCACUGCCACUUCUAUUCAGUGAGAUCCGUAUAAAGGCCAUCUUUGUGUUCAUACAGUCUGUUGAAAAGCAUGAGAAAGGAAAAAUUUUUUGCAUGGUAUCUUGAUUAGUAUUGUACCACAUCUGUUUAGCAUUCAUAAAUUAUUGAAAGCAUUAUUCGUAAAUAUAAUGCUUUCAUAUUACAGAAAUUAGUUUCUUGAAAUUUUUAAGAUGCUCAAAGGAAAAUGACGCGUUUUGAACUCUACAUUUGUGACUUGAGAUGUUUCAGUGAUAGUUUAUAAAUAAAGAAAUAGCAAUUAAUGCAGUUGUUUGGCUAUGUACUUAAAUGACUGCCAUGUAAAACACUGCCAAGUAAUUUACAUUUUACUGCCAGAUAAGUGUGAAUUUAGUGGUUUUUAUUGCAUAUUGUACUUGAUGGACUCUGCAUGUUUUUAUGUGUUUACCUGACUUAUUUGUCAUAAAAUUUAGGAGUAUCUUAAUGUUAUUAUAAAAUUAUAUGAAUGUCGUACUCUUGGUAAUUCAGUAUAAUUUUGUGUUAUUUGCAAGUUGGUUGGUAAUAUAAGAAUUAAUCGUCAAAAUGUCAGUCUCUUAUAUCUGACGUUCUACAAAAAGUCAGCUCGUUGCUACAAGUGUAUAGAAUGAGAUCAUGGAAAAACUUCCGCAAAUAACACAGUUUGUUGUGGAAAUGCUAACCAGAUGUUGCUAGGAUUUAUUUGUCUGUCGUGAGAAGUACAUUUAUGGCAUUGAAUAUGGACAUCCAGAAAUUGCAUUUAAAAUCAAUAGAAAAGUUACAGAGGGGUAUUUGUCUUAAAAGUCUUCAUAAAUUAGAUCCUAUUACAUGAAACAAGCAAGUGUUUCUCUUUUUAUUUUUUGUAAAUGGAUUUUUUAAUUUAAUUUUAAUUUUUUUUCGUAGUAACUUUCUCACAAACUCGUAUUUGAUAUAUCUGAUGUCAAGAACGUCUUUGCUAAAAGGUGCCUCUGUAUUUUGGAUGUUGAUUGGGCAAAUGAUUAAGAUUUAACUGUUGUGUAUUAGAUGACGUCAGUGCCUGGGUAUGUGAAUUUGAUGUUGCUUCUAUUUUAGAAAGUAUUGCAUGUUACAUGUAAUUAGGAAUGACACUAAAAACAAAAUUUUAUUACCGAGAUAUUUGGUUUGUCUCUUCAUUUUUCUACUUGGGUACCUGGUGUAUUAUGUGUAAAUACAUGUGUAUAUUAUUAAUGCUUAACGACUUAAUGUAUGCUAAACAAUGAAAUAUUUGUAUUUUGUUUAUUCAAAUAUUGGUAAGUUGGAAAAAGUGCAUAACCUACACUGCAGCUCUAUAAAGAUACAUAAUAUUUCACAAAAUUAACCUCUCUUUACCCUUCUCAAUGAACAAAUAAGUAGAUGGUCUUUCAUAAAAAUGGAGGUUUAUCUUCACAGAUCAUGUACCAAUUCUUUUAUUUCAAAUAUUCUGUUUUAGAAUGACUUGAUCCCACCAUCUGGAAUUAUUUUAUCAAUAAUAAUCAAUUUGUCCUGUCGAAAAUCUUCCUACUUCUGUAUUUUUAAACGGCUUUCAUUUUUAGUAUAAAUAGCUUCUUGGCAUCAGACUAUCGCUUUUGUAUGAUUGUACAUAAAUGUACAGUGUUCACCAACUAAUUUGUUGCUAUUGCAUUAGUCAUGAUUUUGUAUUAUUGUAUUAAUAGAUACUUAUAAAAUUUGUGGAGUGUGUAAAUAAUUUUUUAUUCUGAAAGUUGUGCUGGUUAGAAAAUUAUGGGACGAUGUUAAAUAUAGGUUUAGUUAUAAUUUCAAAACAUAAGUUUCCAAUUUGUGUAAAUAAAAAUUUUGUUACUGUAUGUAGUUUUCCAGAUUUAAGUGAAGCUAUUUCUUAAAAGUUAUUUUACCACAGUGCAAUAUGUACAAAGUCAGUAUAUUGUAAGAAAGAACUUUACCUACACUGGGCAACAUUGCUGUGCAACUGAAUAUAUGAAUUUCAAAUUCUAACUCAAUAGUGUUAUGUUAGUUUUAUCAAGAACUGCAACAUUAUUGUGUUAUUUGUAAAUAAUAUAUAAAUUUUGAAAUAAGAGUACAUUAGUUGAAUUAAGAGUUAAGCAGUUUGCUCUCUCCUUGUUUACAUUGAAUUAAAUAUCUUGAACUAUUCUGUAUUCAUAAGACUCAAAUUGCUCUUCAUAGAAACAACUGUUGCAAAAAAUAUAUGCAAAAUAUUGCCCAGAGGAGUAUUUUGUAGAGGUUAAGAGCUGCAGUGCGUUCUUUUAGCUGGCUCAGUAUUAUUAAACAUACUAUUCUGUUCUAUAAUUUCCUAAUAGUGAAUAUUUAGUGCAAAGAGUUUUAACCCUGGAAUUUCCUUUCUGUUUAUUAACUAAAUUUUUGUUAUACAUUUUAUUUGUUUUUGAUACACUUGCAAGAAUUUGCAUAAUGAAUGGAUAAAUUUCUUUGGACAUGAUUUCAUGUCCAUGAAAGACCUGAUUUUUGUAAGAAAAUAAUUUGACAGAAAUAUGAAAUGUUGCAAUUAGAAUAUCUAGUUAAUCACAAAAAAGGUAUUGUAAUGAAGAAAAGUCUUGAAGGAAUUUCAAAGUGAGAGGAAUAGCAAGAAGUGUAAUGAUACUUUUUAUGUAAUAUAAUGUUCAUAUGGAAAAUGUUUUAUGCAAGUUCCUUCAAGAUUUUUCAAUGUGUAUGUACAGAAAUAGUUUAUGAAAAUGGUGCAUAAAAUAUUAAUUACAUCAUACAAAUUAAUAGUGGAUGAUAAUACAAACUUGUUCUAUUUUGUGCAGUAAACAAACAACACAAAGUA